CUUUACAUAUUGUUUGUAAAGUUGCAGGCGGGAAUUGUGUUUGUGGCAUCACUUUCCACCUCAACAACCUUUAGCAUUUUGAACGUGACAGUAGAAAGAGUGAUCAGUAGAAACCAUUAACACCUGUGUGUUGCAAGGAUAAGGAAUGUCCCUGAACUUGCUGAAUUUCUAUGGUUUCACUAAUGAAUGUUCUUGAAGACAAAAAACAUUAAACAGAGGGAUGAGAAGUGAUAAAAGAUGACUUAAAGGGGCACUCAACAGAUUUUUAUGUGUCAAAGUCAAUAUCCUGGUCAUGUUGAUUACUACACAGCCUAUUAAAACAGGAGCUGCAGGAACUCUGGAGAAGCUUUGUCAAGCCUGACAUGAAAGUGCCAAGAUGAACCUAACUAGGCCGAACAUGUUGCAGCUCCUGCAUAUUGCUGUGUUGUGGUUCCACCUUCUCCCGUCGCUGCUCUGUGACAACCUGCGCUGCUAUUACAGCCCCGUCCUGGAGAAAGAGAUAUCAUUCGAGCUCAUCGUGACAGAGUGCCCUCCUGAUGAGCUGUGUUUCAAGGCAGAUGGUCGUUACGGUAACUAUAGUGCCCUGUCGGCCCGUGGCUGCAUGGCGGAGAAGGACUGCAGCCAAGUGCACCGCCUCCGCCUCAAAGGAAUCAUCUACACCAUGAGCUACGCCUGCUGUGAUUGGCCGUACUGUAACUCCUGCCUGAAUGUCACAGCCAAACUCGCCAUCACUGUAGCACUUGUGACUGUAGCUGUGAUAGCCGGCUUGUGACUAAAGACACCUGAUGCACAAUAUUAUGAGGACCAUUAGCGGUCCAUGUCAGGAGGGAAGAUGCUCAUGUGAGUCAACAAGAAGUGGCAUCUCUGCAGCCUCAGCACAGAGUAAUGCUGAAGGUCUGCAGAAUUAUGUGGUGAAUACCCAGUCUGAGGACACUGAGGUGUGCACCAGGGUGAUGGCAGAGAUUUUAACUGCUGUUGAUUUUACAGUGUCUUAACAAAAAUCUGUUUUUAGAAUAUUUGAAUGUCCAUGAAAUAAAACAUUUUAAGAAAUAA